AUGUUCUUUCCAUUACUGCUUCUCGCCUAUUCAUCCUUAAUUCUCCCUACGCUAUGUUCUCCUACUCCCAACAAAAAUGGCCUAGUAGUCAAAACAACCAGUGGUGAAAUCCACGGCUUCAUUAAUCAAACCACACCACAAGUCCGUCAAUUCUUAGGAGUGCCCUAUGCCGAGCCUCCUAUUGGUAACCUACGUUUCGCAGCACCACAAACAAAAACCAAAGGAUCCUCCAUUAAUGCUACAGCUUUCCCUCCUUCGUGUAUGCAAUUGGCUAGUAAUGGUUCGACGAUCUAUACGAAUGUUGUACCGGAGUUCUUGAUCAAUGGGGGCCAGAGUGAAGAUUGCUUAUAUUUGAGUAUUUGGGCUCCAGCAAGAGAGACAAAUGAGAGCUUACCCGUUUUCGUUUAUAUCCCUGGAGGUGGGUUUACAACUGGUGGACAGAAUUCAUUGUAUAAGAUUCCGGAUCGUUGGGUUCAGAAAACUCAAUCCCAUAUUGUGGUUGUGAUGAAUUACCGCGUAAACGUCUUCGGGUUCCCAAACGCAAAGGCUCUUACGGAGGAUAGAAACCCAGGAUUACUCGAUCAGAGAAAAGCCGUCGAAUGGGUACACCAAAACAUCGCAUCCUUCAACGGCGACCCAAACCGCAUGAUCCUCUGGGGUCAAUCAGCCGGCGGUGCCAGCGCAGAUAGUUACGGCUAUGCCUACCCCAACAAUCCCAUCGUCAAAGGUCUAAUCAUCGAUUCCGGAUCCGCCUAUCUUCUCGGUAGUACCGACGUCCUCCAAACAAACUUCACUGCCCUAGCUGGUAUGGUCGGAUGUAAGGAUCUUAAAGCAGAAGCGGAAAUAGGAUGCAUGAGGAACAUUUCAGCGAGUGUGAUUGAGAAUGCUUUGAGUAGUUAUGCGAAUAGUGGUGUUACUCCGAAACUUGCAUUUACGCCGUUUCCGGAUAAUGUUACUGCGUUUUCCAAUGGUGCAGACAGAGCUGCGAGAGGACUGGUUGCGAAGUUGCCAGCAAUCAUAGGAUCCAAUACAAACGAAGGAGCCGGUUUUGUUCCCUUUUCUGAAAAUGGUCCUGGUGCUGCAAUAUUAAAUGCUACAACACAAAGUAUAAUCGCAUGUCCUGUUGCCCGAGAAGUUAGUAAUUCCACACCCUACGAAUACGAAGUGGCAGAUACCAUGCAAGCACUAUGGCUAUCGUUUGCGAAUGAUGCUGGGAAGGCUCCAACGGUGGACGGGAUGACGUGGCCGGUCUAUGAGGUGGAGACAAAGAGUAUGGUUGUGUUUGCGGAGGGGGAGACGGUGGUGCAGUUGGAGGGGGGAGAGAGGAUUGAUGGGGGGUGUAGAUUCUAG